UCGGUAAUACACGUGCGCACUUCAUCAUAUCGUAUGACGAUGACGAUGAUGAUGAUGAUAAUUCUUCAAGGUGGUUUAUAAUAAUGCGGCACAAAAUACAUGCACGUAAUUGCCAUAUAUGGAUUUUUUUUUUUUGUUGUUUUGUUAGAGGCGACUAUCUGAAUUUAUAGAAUUUUCAUUCAUUUUUAGAAUUGACUAUGAUGGCAAGCCAUUUUUUUUUAUUUCUUUAAUAUAUAUAUUACGAUUACGAUUAUGAUGUUAAUAGAUAGAACCAUUACAGCCUUGAAUGUUUUUCUAUAUGGUUCAGUUGUUUCUAUUCUUGUCGUUGUUGUUGUUGUUGUUGUUGUUGUGAAAAAUUCAUUCUGAAUUUUUUUUUUGUCGAAAUCAAGAACGAUAAACGCGCGCGGAUGUGAUCGCGCAUAUGUCAAAUCGAAUGUAUAGUUUUAUGUUGAUGGCCAUUUGGACAGAAGUGGUGGUGGUGGUGGUGUUGGUGUUGGUGUGUUGGUGGCCAAAUCAUGGAACAAGAAUCUUUUUUCUUUAUCAAAAAAAAGUUGGUGAUCAAUUCUUUGCGCUUGUGUGUGUGUGUGUGUGUGUGUGUACUUGAGAAAGGGAAUCCCAUUUGUGCCAUAUAUGAUUAUAUUCGAAGCUAAUAAUUUUUUGCUAUAUAUUUUGCCCAAAUACCAAAUUGAACUUAUUUUUUUUCUCUCUCUCUCUCUUCGUUUUCAUAUAUCCGUGCGUAUGUUAUGAUGAUGUGGUUUGAUGGUGAUCCAUUGAGUUCCAUAAUAAAAAUAAAUGAACGUUAUUAUCAGAUCGAUUGAUGAUGGUGGUGUAUGAAACUUUUCGUAUGGUUCGAUUCAAUUUCCAGCUCGAAACUCUUGGUUUUUUUAUUUUUAUCCAAGUUUCGAUUAUUGUCUGAAAUUUUAUUCGCCUUUCAUCAUUCUAUCUGGUUGUGUAUUUAUAUAAUUCAAAAAAUUGUGAAAAAUCGAUUUCUGUCGUAUGAUUUUGUGUGAUAUAAUCGAAUGAUUGGCUAAAUAAUUUCAAGAAUCUUGUUAACAUGGCCAAUUACAAUCAUCAUCAUCAUCAUCAUAAUCGACUUUGGUCGGUUAUUAUAAAUAAUGUUAUGAUCAUCAAUUAUCAAUCAACAUAAAUCAUUCUAUUUUAGCAAAUUUAAAUUGUUAAAAAAAAAAAAGAAUCAUAAUUCGUCCACACAAAAAAAACACACACACAUUCAAACAAAGGUUGUGAUUACAAAAUAUAUAUUUGCCAUCAUUCCGAAUGAAUUCAAGAUAAGCUGAUUAUUAUUAUCAUCAUCGUCAUCAUCGGUCAAUGAUCGACGAUAAUAUCAUUGAUAAAAAAUUUUUGUUUUUCAAAAAACAAAUUGAUCAUCAUGCUAAUUACAUUAUUAUAUUAUAUUAAGGCAACAAUCGGAAUUCAGCACAGUUAAUUAAUUAAUUAAUUAGCUCUAUUAUAAUUACAUGAUCAAAUUAAUCAAAAGUCGUACGCGCAAUUUCCCAUCGAAAAGAACCAGCCUUCGUUGGGGUGAUUGUUGUCGUUAUUGUCAUCAUCAUCAUUAAUGUUUUUUUUUCCACAAUUAUUCGCACGACAAUCUAUCAAUCAAUGAAAUCAAACAUUUUUUUCUGAAAUCCAAUCGUUAUAUUUAUCCUUCAUCUUGCUGCUGGUGGUUCUAAUCAAACAAAGCUGAUACGAAAAUAAUUCAAUUAUUCAUUUAGUCAUUUUCAAAUAUAUUUUGCAAUCGAAAUAAAUUCAAUCAAUAAUGACUGUCAAUAUUGCCGGUAUUUUUUCGGUUGUCAUAUUCUACAUUAUCAUUUUGGUUGUCGGCAUUUGGGCUGGACGUAAGAAAAAGACCGAUGGUGAAGGUGAUGAAUUUGAAACCGAAGAGGUUAUGUUAGCUGGCCGUAAUAUAGGCGUUUUUGUUGGUAUUUUUACGAUGACAGCAACAUGGGUUGGUGGUGGCUAUAUUAAUGGAACGGCCGAAGCACUGUAUAGUUCCGGUAUCAUUUGGUGUCAAGCUCCGAUUGGUUAUGCAAUGAGUCUUGUUGUGGGUGGUUUCUUUUUUGCAACAAAAAUGCGUGAACAAGGCUAUGUAACAAUGUUGGAUCCAUUUCAAGAGGUUCUUGGUUCUCGAAUGGGUGGCCUAUUAUUUUUGCCUGCAUUAUGUGGCGAGAUUUUCUGGUCAGCAGCCAUUUUGGCUGCAUUGGGUGCUACAGUCAGUGUUAUCAUUGAUAUCGAUAAUAACACAUCGAUCAUAUUAUCUGCAGCCAUUGCAUUGAUCUAUACAUUGUUUGGUGGCUUAUAUUCGGUUGCCUAUACCGAUGUCAUACAAUUAUUCUGCAUAUUCAUAGGACUGUGGCUUUGCAUACCAUUCAGUAUUGCACAUCCAGCGGUCAAAAGUAUGUCGACCGAACAUAAUGAUUGGUUUGGUGUUCUACAUGGCUAUCAAUUCGCCCAAUAUACGGAUCUAUUCUUAUUGCUAAUAUUGGGUGGUGUUCCUUGGCAAGUUUAUUUUCAACGAGUUUUAUCAUCAAAAUCCGGUGCAAAAGCACAGCUUCUAUCUUAUGUAGCGGCAUUUGGUUGUGUCAUAAUGGCUAUACCGCCGAUUAUCAUUGGAGCUGUUGGUCGUGUUACAGCAUGGAACGAAACUGAUUUCAAAGGACCAAUUCCAUUGGACAAGGAUCAUCAAUCUCUGGUUUUACCAUUGGUAUUACAAUAUCUAACACCGCCAUUCAUAUCAUUCUUUGGAUUGGGAGCAGUUAGUGCCGCUGUUAUGUCAUCAUCUGAUUCAUCACUAUUGAGUGCCAGUUCAAUGUUUGCUCGUAAUGUUUAUAAAUUAAUGAUCAGACAAAAUGCAUCCGAACAUGAAGUAAUAUUCGUCAUGAAAAUAUCAAUUAUUGUUGUAGGUUGUGUUGCUACCACAAUGGCCAUUACAGUCAAAUCAAUCUAUGGAUUAUGGUAUCUUUCAUCUGAUUUGGUCUAUGUAAUUCUGUUUCCACAAUUAGUCUGCGUAGUUCAUUAUAAAGAAUAUUGUAAUACCUAUGGUUCAUUGUCCGGUUAUAUAGUUGGAUUUUUACUUCGUGCACUUGGUGGUGAAGAUAUUCUCAAUCUACCACCAUUCAUCAAAUAUCCAUGGUAUAACGAAAUUGAUGGUCAACUAUUUCCAUUUAGAACAUUUGCCAUGUUGUCCAGCCUAGUCACAUUGAUCAGUGUUUCCAUAUUGUCCAAACGUAUAUUUGAAUCCGGUUGGUUACCACCCGAAUUCGAUAUUUUUCAUUGUGUCAUAAACAUACCGGAUGAUGUACAUGUUGUUCAUGAACCACAUGAAGAAAUGACCGUAUUGAGUGCGUCACAAGCUUUCUAUUAUCAAACAUCCGAAUUAAAUGGCCGUGUUAAUCAAGCAUUGGAUACCGGCGAAGAUGAUCCAACCGGUAAUAAUAAAAAUAAUAAUGUUGGUGGUGGUAGUAGUAGUGAAAAAUUAUUGGAUAAAACCACAAUCGAUCCACCAUUGAAGCCAUUGGCUGAAGAACGAUUGAUUCGUGAACGUAAAUCGAACAAUUCAUCUGUCGAUCUAGAUGUAAAGCCAUCAUUUCAAUCAUCGAAUCCAUUGAUGGCAUCAUUUCGACGGCAACAUUCGAUUAGCUGUGCUAAUGAAGCAAAACCGAUGCCCAAUAUAGAAUCGGUUAAUCCGGGCCAGGUUAUUAUCACUAAACUUUGAAAAAUUU